AUGGGAAACUGCUUGAGAAGCGACAAGAUUCUCGCCGGAAAGGAGAAAAUUGAUGAUCUGAAACCCCAGCCGCUGCAUACAUCAUCCAAAGAGGAAGAAGAAUCGGAAAGGGAAUCUACUAUGAUCAAAGUGGUGGUAUCAAAACAAGAACUCAGACAAAUCUUGGAUCACGGGGGAGGGAUAAACUCUGUCGAACACUUAGUUCAUGUCCUAAAACUCAAAGGUAAAAACAUCUCCAAAGUCCAUGUACAAGAAGAAGACGACAAAAGAGGAGGUUGUGACGAUGGAAAAUGGAGACCGAAGUUAGAAAGCAUUCCUGAGAAUUAUUAUUGA